AAUUGUACCGGUCGGCACUUCUCGUAUAUCUCUUGACCCGGCUUUGUUGAUGUUUCUGCUGCUAAUUUGAACCAAGCAUACUAAUUCCGAUCACUUUAAAAAUUAUACCUCAAUUUGGUGUUAGAUCGACGAUUUAAGUGACAGCAUGGAUGUCUUCUUGAUGAUCAAGCGUCAGAAGACGACCAUCUUCACUGAUGCAAAGGAGACGAACACUGUAUUUGAACUGAAGCGAAUCAUUGAGGGCAUUACCAAGAAGUCACCAGAAGACCAACAGCUGUACAAGGAUGGAGACACACUAGAUGAUACCAAGACACUGGGAGACUGUGGACUAACAAGCAACACUGCCAAGGCACAAGCACCAGCCAUGCUUGGGCUUGCCUUCAGAGAAUGUGAAGGUGCUGACUUUGAGCAAUUAAACAUCACACCCUACUCCAAUCCCCCAGAGCUGCCUGACGUUAUGAAGCCAUCAGAUUCCACAACCAACACAGUAGAUCAACCAGUCCAAUAGAUCAGUAAAUCCAUGUUCAUUUUCCCUUUUAGGCUGGAAUUAAGUCAUAGUAGACAUAUCUAAUAUCUUUGUCAAGACGUAUAAAAGCAGUAGCUAACCUGGAUGAUGUUCUUUAUGACCAGCAAGGUGGCCAAUGAAACUUUAUCAUAUUUUCACAAGUGGUCAAUAUAUAUAUAUUCAUAAGUUUCAUGCUACCAAGUUAUUCAUUGCCAAGUAAAAUCAAUACUUGCAGUCUGCUCUGUGUUUCAGAAACACAAGCUUUAUUCUAUUUUGUUUUUCACUCUGAAUGUUCAGAAGUGCAACAAUUUAGUUUUCUUCCUCAACUUUAUCAUAUAUUCAGGAAUAGUUUCACCAAAUCACAAAGGAGUCCUUCUUUGGUGGCAUAUUGUAGGGUAACAUGUUAAUGCAUUUCGAUUGUUGGCUACAUGUACAUGUAAUUUGCACUUUUGAAAGUUUUGUGAAACUUGCCCUGGGCCUAUGACAGAAAAGAUAAUCAAUUGUACAAUUAAUCAUAUGUGUAAGUAUGUGGCAACCAUGUAAAAAAAUUACUAUCAAUGGUAAAUAUAGACUUCAUCUCUUUGUAUAAGAGGCCCUGAUGAGUUGCAUUUGUUCCAAAUUUUGUUCCGCAGUCUGCUAUGGUGACUAGAUGUACCUUGGUUCUAAAAGGUACUAAAUCUGUCAUUCACUUUCAAUAAGAUACAUUUGUUUACCAGACAUUUGUGGAAA